AUGACACUCCCUGUUAGACGACGCGCAUUUGUGCAACUUUCCUAUUGCCGAGACUUCUGCGUCCCUCCCUUCAGCGUCGUCGCCACCCUCAAAUUUGCACCACCUCCGACGUCGGCUUCCCCUCUACCUCCGAUAACUUCUCCAUUCACGCUUCCGAGUCCUCCAGCUUCUGCAGGUAAGGUGCAACUUGGUACAGAUUCCUUCACUUUCGAUCAUGUCUAUGGAAGCUCUGGUUCCCCAUCAUCCUCCAUGUUUGAAGAUUGUGUUUCUCCUCUUGUUAAGGGUCUACAAAAGCAAGGCAGACAAUGUCACCUGGUCAUCUGGGUUCAACCUCACAUGCAAGUCAAGGUCAAGGUCAAGGUCAAGUCACCUGCUAACAUGAGCCUGGGUCCAGAUCAUCUGUUGCAGUUACAGCAUGUUACGCAGCAGAUGAAUAGGUCUUCUCCACAGCCUCCUGCAGCUUCAUCUAAUGGUGUUGGAUUGGAAAACCCUUUAACAACUCAGAAACAACAAACACCACAAGGCCAACCACACCCAGGUUUUACAAAGCAGCAACUACAUGUUCUCAAAGCCCAGAUUCUGGCUUUCAGGCGUAUAAAGAAGGGUAAAAUGUUCAUUUACUCAUUUUCCGACGGUUCAUUCAGUACAACACUUUAUUCAGAUAUAAUCAUUUCUGCACUAGGCUACUUGAUGCUGGGAACUUUUAUUUAUGUGCUUAUCGUUGAUGGAUCUACAUUCAAUGCCAAUGUAUUAUCAAGGUAUGAAAAGCUGCAACGGUGGGAUGAUGCCCUUAAAGCAUACACUGCAAAAAUCUGCUCAAGCAACAAGUCAACGUCUUAUCUUGGAUGCUACACUAGGUCACAAGAAUUAUCUGAGCAGGGGUUCAAUAUUAGUCUUAAAGAAGUAUGA